AAACAAAUAGUGCACGGAAAGGCUAUGGCCUCUUCCCAAUGAAGCAAGGAAAACCCCUGGCAGUAGAGGAUGCUGAUAGUACUGAGAUGGCUGAAGAUCUGGUGGGUGACAUGGGCACUGCUAAUGAAGAGGCAGGGGACAAUAUUUGCAAAGAUGAUGGCGUGACUAGAGUGGACAGUGCUGAACAGGACACUGAGUGCAAGAGCAUCACAGCCUAUAUGCCAGCCACGCAGACAACUGGAAAUGGUAACUUUUCAGAAGGCUAUGGCCUCUUCCCAAUGAAGCAAGGAAAACCCCUGGCAGUAGAGGAUGCUGAUAGUACUGAGAUGGCUGAAGAUCUGGUGGGUGACAUGGGCACUGCUAAUGAAGAGGCAGGGGACAAUAUUUGCAAAGAUGAUGGCGUGACUAGAGUGGACAGUGCUGAACAGGACACUGAGUGCAAGAGCAUCACAGCCUAUAUGCCAGCCACGCAGACAACUGGAAAUGGUAACUUUUCAGAAGGAAGGUUAGCUUCAUCUCCAAAUAAAGAAGGACAUCUUUUGUUGACAACCAAGCCUACAGAAUGCACAACUGUUGAGAUCUACAUUGAUCUCAAUAAUGAGACUAGUGAUGUGGCUGAAGGUAAUGCAGAUGCAGAUCUACAAACAGCAUCUGGCAGUUGUAGCAUAUCAGCACUUGACAAAGCAAGCACAGGAGAUUUGAAAAAAAGUAACACAGCAGAUGUGUUACAAACUAAAAUAGACACCUAUAAGGCAUCAACAUGUGAACAAGAGAAGCAGGCUGAAGACAUACCAACUGAUGAUAGUAAGCCAAAGAAACCUGUGCCAGAUAUUCAGAAAAUAGAAAGCUCUGACGAAGACUCAUUUACAUCAAAAAGUGUAGAAAGUACAGAUGAAAAUUAUAUGGAAAUACCUGAUGAAGAAAAUUAUGUGGAAAUACCUGAUAAAAAUUUGCCGGACAAACAAACGCAAUUUUUGAGAACAGAUGGAGAGGCAGUGGUUGUAGAUGAUGACUCUUAUGUUAUUGAAAUAGCAGACAGUCCAGCAAAACAAGCUGUAGCCAUUCCUGAAUUCCAAUCUGUAAAAGGUGAUGCGCUGAAGGGUACAGAAUCAACUAAACCACUGGCCAGUAAGCCGGAGCUUUUGUAUGACAGAGGAUUCCUAACACCUGUUCCAAAAUCACUGAGCAAGUUGAAACAGUUGACUGUGAACAUUGGUCCGAUACGUCUAAUAGACCUGCAGUGCAAGAAACUCCACAACCUCCUACAGAUCAACCCCACAUGUGCGAUCAAAUUUGAACCCAAGGAAAGGACUCUAGACAAUGGCCUGAAAAUUGUGGACAGUUGUGGGUAUGUGCGCCUGCCCUUUAAGGUCUCAUGGCCAUCCAGGCUGGUGAAGAUAUCCGACAAGUUGAGUGACCUGAACAUCAAUGGACGGGACAUGUCUGUCAAGUUCCCAGAGGCAUUCAACAAGGCUGUUCAGGAGUGCAAGGCCUGGGUACAGCAGAGGAACCAGUAUUUAAUCUACACAGAUUUUAAAGUGAAACAGCGUCGUGUUAUGACUCAACAAUGGCCAAAAGAAGAAACAUCAGGAGAAAAGCUGACAAGUCUCUUUCCCCAAGUUGACAAAAUAAUAAUGCAGAUUGGGAAAGAUUAUGAUGACAAAGAUAUUUGCCUGGCCGUGUACUUGGAGUUUGCAACUUUAACUGCACUGGAGAACUUCAUGAGCACUGGAAGCUCCAGCAUCUGCCUGGACGGCCGACUGAUCACCUUCACCAAGAUAAUCAAGCGUGUGAGGCCGCACGGAGUGCCAAAACAAGUUGGGAACACAACUCCAACAAGGAAGAACUUCCCAGCCUAUGCAUCGCAGUUUGGGGCCUCUGCAUUUGGAACAAGGGGGCAGAGGGGCCUAGGUCAGGGCUUUAGAGGCAGAGGUGGGCGUGAUUUGAGGGGCAGGGGAGGGUCUAUGGGAGGUGUCAGGGGCAGGGCUGGAGGGAUUGCCAUCUCACCCCGGUCCACCCUUCAAAAGGCACACUACUCACCAGGGGUGUUUCCACAAAAAACAGUAUCAAAACAAGAAGCUGUGAUGAAUGCAUUAAAAAUGGUAAUAGAAACUGGUACACCAGUAAAAACUGCUGCUAAACAGUACGGUGUAGAUCACUAUUUACUAAGAGAUAAAGUGCAACGCAUGGUAGAUCGGCCGACUGUCAUGACAGGACAGGGUCCAUUAUUCUCCACUGAAGAGGAAGCACAACUUGUCAGCCAUGUUAAAUAUAUGGCAAACCUUGGGAAUGGUUUAACAAUAAGUGAGGUUGUAGCCAAGGCAACUGACUAUGCAGUGUUCUUGAAGAAGCGAACACAUGACAACCCAUUGUCAGUCGAGUGGUUUCAUCGUUUCAGACGGCGUUGGCCUGAAAUAAAGGAUGUCCAGUUCAAGGACGUGUUCUCCCCACACAAUCAAUUUGAGGUGGACUUAGGGACCAGAGAGCGUGACAAGUUUGAACCCCAGAGAGACAUCUGGUCUCAUGAACCCCAUGAUGACAGGCAACGCCAAGGAGACAGGUCGCGAAGUCCCUCGCGCUUUGAACACAACAAACAGAGACAGUCAGCCAGCAAGUCAGAUGAGACAAGGGCCAUGCUGGAGUCGAUGAAGUCCAAACUGGAGAACCUGGAACGCAAACUUGCUGAACAGGGUGGCUCGAUGCUUACCACCUGUUGAUGUCAAGAAGGAUGUCUUCCCUGAGAAGAAAAGAGGUCAGGGUGCGGGACCUCAGGGUUCAAGGGGUCAGCAUGCAGGCAAGAAAUGGGGGCGGGGCCGGGGAGCAGGUCAGCCCGGCCAGACCCACAAACAACAAGGGUACCAACCCAAACAGCAGGGGUACAAGUCCCCCAGGCAACAAAGUCCAGGACAAAGUUUCAAACACGCGCAGCCUCAAGUGUCCUCUGAACCUUCAAAGCAGACUGUACAGUGGUCUGGCUCAAAUGACCAGAAACUUUUGCCUGACAGAGAGUGGGGUCAGCCAGCCUUUGGGAAGUUUGAAACAUCCUGGUCCUAUGACCGUGGCCAGUUUGCAGAUGAACCCAGGACAGAUUUGGGUCAAGGUCAGCGAGGAAGAGGCUCAAGUGGUGCUGGGAGAGAUGGGGGUUAUCGUGGACGUGGAAAAUCACGUAACAUGUUAGGUGGAAAGAGAAAAGCUGAUACUUUUACUCAGGACUACCAGACGUCAACAAAGCGUCCGUAUUUUGAGGAUAAUUUCAAAGACACCAGUUUCCAAUAUGGUGCUGUUGAACCUGUGGCAGCAGGAGCGCUACCCCAACAUGCAGAACGACCAGACACCAAACAGGGAAACCUAUGGAGACAUGAGUCAGGGAGACAGGGACCAGGGCAGGGAGAACACAUUCACGAGGAGGGAGCACACAUUCCUCUCACCUUACCAGGAGCAGGGGUUUCCAGCCCCAAACACCAGCUACUAUCAACAGUACUGAGACCAGGGUCCGUGUUCAUAUUCACAUAAUAACUGGGAAAGCAAUAUUAUAUGUUGAACAAUAAUAUUUGGGGAUUUUCAUAUAGUCCUUUCAAUUAUGAAAUCAAAUGUCCAACGAAAGUUCAUAUUUAAAGUCUUAUAUCAGACUUAUAUACAAAAAUCAACAAAUUCAACAUCAAACAAAAAAAUGACAUUAUUUGUAGCCAUGCAAUUUUAUGUCAACUAAAAUAUAAGCCUCUUGCUAGCGAAAAUUCAGAUAAGGUGUAAAGUGUUGUCCCUAAUUAGCCUGUGCAUAAUCUGGGAUGACAUUAUGCAUAAGCAUUAAGCCCAGUGUGUUCCAGAACAAGACCUAUGAAUCUACUUAUAUUUAGCAUAGCAUGAAGAAUAUUUCUUCAACUGUUUCGUUUCAAACAUGCUUUUUUAACCAGGUUUUCCGAAGGAAAAAACUGGUUAUUAGAUAACUGGUUAUUAGAUUGGCGAAUGCGGGCGGGCGGGCUGGCUGGCUGGCUGGCGGGCUGGCGGGCGGGCGGAACAAGCUUGUCCGGGCCAUAACUAUGUCGUUCAUUGUCAUAUUUUAAAAUCAUUUGGCACAUUUGUUCACCAUCAUUGGACGGUGUGUCGCGCGAAAUAAUUACGUCGAUAUCUCCAAGGUCAAGGUCACACUUUGAGUUCAAAGGUCAAAAUUGGCAAUAAAUGAGCUUGUCUGGGCCAUAACUAUGUCAUUCAUUGUGAGAUUUUACAAUUAUUUGGCACUUUGUUCACCAUCAUGGGACGGUGUGUCGCACGAAAGAAUCACGUCAAUAUCUCCAAUGUCAAGGUCACCACAACUUAAAAUAGAUUUAUUUUGAAACAAACUUACAAAGGGGGUUAAUUUUGUUUGUUCAUUUCAAAAGUUCAGUUUGAGUUGUCUCCCUUAAUCAGAUUUUUUUUCACAAUGAAAACCUGGUUUUGUGACAAUUUUGUCCCUUGUUUUCCUUUCUAUUGACAAUUUUCAUUAAAAUAUUUUUUUUAUUGGGAAUAAAAGCAUAAGUAACAUUUAGAGCCAGGAAAUUAAAAAAAACAAAACUUUCUUUAGCUUUAAUACUCCCAAGUCAUAGAACAUUAUUGGUGAAUAUGUACCCAAUUCUAGCAGACAACUGUGGGUACCUUGGAAAAGGAAAGGGAUAAGUGCUGGACUAAAACUGUUGAAUUACAGUUAGAGAAUAAACAUUUUAAUUACAUGUUAUUUAGUAAUUGCUGGUGGUUAUGGAUGUUGUAUACUAUCCUCUACGUCCAUGUCUCAUUAAUAAUUGUACAAAUGGACAUUUGUAAGUUUUAAAUAGUUUCAAUCUAAUUGUUUCUACCUGCAUAUUGAUUUUCACAAUAAUUUCGCCAAGGCAUCGACUUUGUACGUCAUUGAUUGUAUGCUGCCAUUUUGCUUUAUUUGUGUUUUUGAUCUAUUUUGAAUUAUGUGACUAAAACAAUCAGAGAGCCUGUUGAAAAGUGUUCUUGACUGACGGCACAGGACAACUAUUCGUGCUAUUAAGACACCCAUUUUCUUAUCCAUGUUGGUAUGUCUUGGCAACCACGCAUUGCUUGGAGUUAUGGGCCUUUGAUAAUAAACUUUAUAUGAUAUAUAGUAUACGCUGUCUUCCAGGGUGUUCUGCUUUUGAAACAAAGGUAAUGUUCUUAGGUUAUACUUUUCUGUAGUAUUUGAUGACUGUAUAUCUCCUUUUCUAGAACCGUGUUGUGAUAUUUACGGACUGAGGCGCAGUAAGUGAAACAUAAUGCCAGAAUUCAUUGAUAUAUUUGUAGCAGGAAUAUUUAUUUUUAACUAAUUCUGUACGUCCGAACCAACCAAAACAGCAAACAGACAGGCCAUGAAUCCCGUUUUAAUAGUAAGAACGACGUACUGAAGAGUGAGUUGUUCUGGUUGGCGUCUUCUUCAGCAAUUUUACAAAAUAAAUUACUCUUGAUACGGCUGAGAUGAACACGUGUUGAUUAUCAAUCAAGUUUCUAUGACAUGAAACAUCGCUUACGGUAAGCGAGGCAUUUUCCAUGUCUGGCUUUCCCAAACUAAUUCAAAUGGUCAUUUGUGCGACCCUCCUUUACAUAUGUUUAAACUGAUUUUAUUCUAAUUAAACGCAUGGCCUUUAUAGGCAUGGUCGCUUUUCUUAUACAGCGUUUUUAGCUCACCAGAGCACAAUGUGCUCAUGGUGAGCUUUUGUGAUCACCUUUUGUCCGGCGUGCGGCGUCAAUAUUUGCCUGGUUAACACAUUAGAGGCCACAUUUAUUGUCCAAAUUUCAUGAAAUUUUGUCAAAAGAUUCGUCUCAAUGAUAUCUUGGACGAGCUCCAAAAUGGUUACGGUUGCUUGAAAAACAUGGCGGAAAGGGGGCGGAGCAUUUUUCCUAAAAUGGCUAUAGUAAAACCUUGUUGACAUUCUAGAGGCCACAUUUAUUGUCCGAUCUUCAUGAAAUGUGGUCAGAAGAUUAUGUCCCUAUGAUAUCUUGGACGAGUUCGAAAAUGAUUUCGGUUGGAUGAAAAACAUGGCCGCCAUUUGGCGGGGCAUUUUUCCUUAUAUGGCUAUAGUAAAACCUUGUUAACACCCUAGAGGGCCAAAUUUAUGGCCCGAUCUUCAUGAAACUUGGUCAGAACAUACGUCUUAAUGACAUUAUGGAUAAGUUUAAAAAUGGAUCUGGUCUGUUGAAAUACAUUGCCACCAGGGGGCGUGGCAUUUUUCCUUAUAUGGCUAUAGUAAAUCCUUGUUAACGCUCUAGAGGCCACAUUUAUUGUCCUAUUUUCAUGAAACUUGGUCAGAAGGUUUGUCUCGGUAAUAUCUUGCAAGAGUUCGAAAAUGGUUUUGGUUUGUUGAAAAACGUGGCCCCCAAGUGGCGGUGAAUAUUUCCUUAUAUUGCUAUAGUAAAAGCUUGUUAACACUCUAAAUGUCACAUUUAUUGUUCAAUCUUCAUGAAACUUUGUCAGAACAUUUUUUUCUAGUGAUAUCUUGAACGAGUUUUAAAAUGGCUCUGGUUGCUUGAACAACAUGGUGGCAAUGGGGCGUGUCAUUUUUCUUUAUAUUGCUAUAUAUUACUAUAGUAGUACCUUGUUAACACUAGAGGCAACAUUUAAUGUCUGAUUUUAAUUAAAGUUGGUAAGAAGAUUUGUGCCAAUGAUAUAUUAGAGGAAUUUGAAAAUGAUUUCGGUUGGUCGAAAAACAUGGCCGCCAGGGGAGCGGAGCAUUUUUCCUUAUGUGGCUAUAGUAAAAACUUGUUAACACUCUUAUUGUCCAAUCUAUAUAACAUUUGGUCAGAACAUUUGUUUUAAUGAUAUAUUGGAUCAGUUCGAAAAUAUUUCCGGUCUGUUGAACAACAUGGCUUCCAGGGUAAAACCUUAUUAGCACUCUAAAAGUUACAUUUUUAGUUCACUCUUCAUAAAACUUGGUCAGAACAUUUGUUCUUGGGGCUGCACUGAGCAGGUCAGUUCCUUUUUAUCUCAGGUGAGCGACUUUGGGCCUUUCAGUCCCAUUUGUUCCUAAUUAUUUAUAAUUAAGUUGUAAAAGGGAUGCCGAUUACUUUUAAUAUUAGUUCUAUGAGUAUGGAUUCAUCUGAUAGGAAUGAAGAGUGACAGUGUCGUCAACAUUUACUAUUAAUGUUGUUGUAAGAACGAAGCCACGUGUAAUGAUGACCCUGUUCAGGGGUGGCACGUGCAUUCUAGGCGACACAUGGUUAGGUGGGGAGCUUUUGGGUUUGAGAAAACUUUGGGUAAUAUUUCCAACUUGUGAAAUAUAAAAAUGUUCAAGUUGCAUUAGUGUUAGCGGAUUGAUAAAUGCAUUAACUGCUUUGCAAUUUCAUGUAAACUGACAAUGGAUACGAAAAUUCAUCAGCUAACACAAUAAUGCGCCUGUAUAUUUAAUAAUAUGUAUUCUUACACCUGAAGGGGGGAAUCUACUGGAAUAAACAUGGACGCCUA